AUGGCUGCAGGUUCCCGUGACCAUUUUCAGCCCAACCAGGUCAAUCAGCAACAAUUCCAACAUUUUCCUCACUCGCGUUCUUUGUCGUUGCACACUCGCUUCGACAGCCCCACCGAUGAAACAGCCAAUCUAACCACCAAACGCUCCCUGUUGCACCGCGCCCGGCGAUCCGUCCUAAGCUUCAGCUCACCCAGCCCCCAAGCUUCUGAAUCUCCCUAUGCCUCGAAGAGGCCCAGACAGGACGAAUUACACCAAGAUCGCCCUGAUGUGAAAAGAACAAUGCCAUCAAGCCUGGCUUAUUCUGGAGCAACCAGAACCUUAAAUGACAAUGCUCGUUCUGUGAACGGUCUAAACGGUACUCGGACCGAAGACAAGUCUGCGAUGGACGAGAGCCGCCCAAAGAAUGAGGAUGUGUUUCUGAACAUUGCGAGAGCGGAUUCGGGCCGUCGCGACUCGAUAGGUCGCUCGGAUUUUAGACGGUCACGGCUUGGUUAUUCUAGCCAGAGUCUACGGUCGCCAACGACAGAUCAAACCCCCUCACCCGAUCAGCGAUACAGCAAUAUCGACAACCCCUUGCAUCUCCAAAAUGAUUCCCCCACUACCCCCUACAGCUCCAUGCACACACCGGCGUCAUCUGCCCAUCCUCUCGACGACUCAAGUCGCCUCCGCUAUAGUAGCCUCGGAUCCGGUGCGCGAUCCGUUGUCGGUGUUCCACGAAGCCGGUUCAGCCGUACGAGCCCAGAAACUUCACCGCGCACACCUUCUGCUGCCGAGGAAUUGGAGCGUCGAUCCUCUCUAAAUGAUCCGCGCAUCAAUCGCCACUCGGGACUCUCCACGAUUCGAAGCAGUCGACAGCCUUCGGGCUCUGAAGUGACCGGGCGACCGCGAGCCGAUACAGAACGAUCGCGCGCUGAUGGAACCGAGUCAACAUUGUCCACCACGGCCCCCUCGACUGUUUGGGACGAGCUAGAUGAUCUCAAAGAUCGGAUCAAAAAGUUGGAACUGACAGGGAAGCUACCUCCCUCAUCUUCGGCGGCGAUGUACACCCCUACCAAUGAGAGACCGCGGACUGCCAACACUGCCGUUACCACCUUGUCCUCUUCGCCGAGGCAACGCCGCAAAACCAGCUCCUCAACAGCAGAUACCGAAAAUAACCCAGUGCACCCAAUUCUGCAAUCCGCAUUGGCCAAGGCCAAAGUUGUUUUGAGCGGUGACGUGUACACCUCCCUCGAGGCGACGAUAACCGAUGCUUUGAACCUUUCCACCGCGUUGGGCGUCAAUGCCGCACCGUCAGGCACCAUGUCCGUUGUGAAUGGAGGAUACACUUCACCUGAACGACAUGCCCGUCGCAAAGCGGACAGUGUGUGCCGUAGCCUGACCGAGCUUUGUCUAGCCUUGACGGAUGAGCAGCUAAAGAAUGUCCGACCGUCGUCCAGCCGCGACACAGGCGUGCAGCCCCAGUUAUCGAAUGGCACGGGGGUGGAUGCUCGUAUGUCCAUACCAACCUAUCAGCGAAAUGGGACCCAGGAGCCCGAGGCCAUUGAGCGGCGUCAUAGCACGACUCGCAUCUCCAGUCGCCUUGAGGCACGUCGUGCAUCUCUAGUCAAUACCAGCCCUGGAAACACGACGGAUAUGAAGCAGAGUCCAAGCCAAUCUCCUGGCAUGUCUAACCCAACCACUCGUCUCAAUCGCAUGUCGACUUCCCUCCGCAGCCGCAGGCAGACCAUUGGUGAGGAAAGUGGAGAGGCCGAAAAUCCACAUAGUCGUUCAGUCUCUAGAGCCAAUACAGUGAUUGGCACAUCGCUUCCUGCGCAAACCAUACCUCCUCCUCGGCAACGACUCUCCCAAGGUCAGACUGUGUCCCGCUCCAUUUCCAGUAUGCAGCAGGACCAGAGCGGUCUAGGAUACUCCCCCCGCUCCCCGCAAUACCAAUCGUCACAAAUCCCUCAGUCGCAGACACAGCCAUCAGAGCCUCGGACACCGACUCUCUCAUCCAGUCUCUCAUUCCGUAGAAGCUACAUGAGCCCUGCUUCGUACACCCCUGCGACAUCCCGCUCCAACAUCCAAGCUGGGUCUCGCCGUUACGGCCUAACCCCUAGCUUCUCCUCCAAUAACAUACAGGCAUCCCCCGUUGAAGAAACUCUGCGAUUGCCCCAAAUGGAACCAUCCCAGACCAGAAUCUCCACCCCAUCGAGCAAAGUGGCAACCAGCUACACGCCAAUUCAAACACCGCGACUGCGAACAAACAGCUUGGGGGCACGGAGAUUUGGCCUUCGAAACCGUGUCUCGGCUACUCUCAACAAUGUAAACCUCGACGACAGCAUCGAUUAA